CGGCCCGCCCCUCGUCCCGGCAUUCCCAGCGCCCGCUCGGCUCGGCACGGCACGGCUCGGCUCGGCUCGGCGGGGCUCCGCGCCUGCACUCGCGCCAUGGCCGCCUACAGCAAGUACCUCACCGUGCGCCAUUCCGCCAUCGCCGGCGCCACCACGGCCGCCGCCUGCGCGCUGCUCUGCCUGCUCAACAAGCGGCGGGCGGCCGCCCAGCACGGUAAAAGAAGUGGAAAACAAUCACUGCAGACCAAUGAGAAAGAGGGAAAGAAGGAGCGAGCAAUGGUGGACAGAGUGUUUAUUGCAAGAAUAUGUCGAAUUCUGAAAAUAAUGGUCCCUAGAGCACUUUGUAAAGAGACAGGUUAUUUGCUGCUUAUUGCUGUGAUGCUGGUAGUCCGCACAUAUUGUGAUAUUUGGAUGAUUCAAAAUGGAACGGUCAUUGAAAGUGCUAUCAUUGGUCGUAGCAGAAAAGAUUUCAAGAAAUACUUGUUCAACUUCAUUGCCGCAAUGCCUGCUAUUUCCUUAGUGAAUAACUUCUUGAAAUAUGGUCUAAAUGAAUUGAAACUCUGCUUCCGAGUAAGACUCACCAGAUACCUCUAUGAGGAAUAUCUUAAAGCUUAUACAUACUACAAAAUGGGAAAUCUGGACAACAGAAUAGCUAAUCCAGAUCAACUCCUUACACAGGAUGUAGAAAAAUUCUGUAACAGUGUAGUGGACCUGUACUCAAACCUUAGUAAGCCCUUUUUGGAUAUAGUUUUGUAUAUCUUCAAGCUCACAAGUGCAAUAGGAGCUCAGGGUCCAGCUAGCAUGAUGGCAUACUUGAUUGUUUCAGGGUUUUUCCUUACUCGUUUAAGGAGACCAAUUGGCAAGAUGACUAUCAUCGAACAAAAAUAUGAAGGGGAGUACAGAUACGUCAACUCACGGCUUAUUACAAACAGUGAAGAAAUUGCUUUCUAUAAUGGAAACUUGAGAGAAAAACAGACUAUUCACAGAACUUUCCGUAAACUGGUGGAACAUUUACAUAACUUCAUCCUGUUCCGGUUCUCUAUGGGUUUCAUUGAUACUAUCAUUGCCAAAUACCUUGCCACUGUGGUUGGUUACCUGGUUGUUAGUCGUCCGUUUUUGAACCUGGCUGAUCCUCGUCAUCAGAACAGUACCCAUGCAGAACUUCUGGAGGAUUACUACCAAAGUGGAAGAAUGUUACUGAGAAUGUCUCAAGCUUUGGGCAGAAUAGUCCUAGCAGGUCGUGAAAUGACGAGAUUGGCUGGUUUCACAGCUCGAAUUACGGAAUUAAUGCAGGUUCUGAAGGACUUGAACAGUGGCAAAUACCAGCGUACUAUGGUAUCGCAAGAAAAAGAUGCAGAUAAAAAGCCAACUUUGCCUUUGAUACCUGGAUCUGGAGAAAUUAUCAACACUGAUAACCUUAUCAAAUUUGAUCACGUUCCAUUGGUGACACCUAAUGGAGAUGUUUUGAUUCAAGACCUGAAUUUUGAGGUUCGAUCUGGUGCAAAUGUUCUGAUUUGUGGGCCGAAUGGGUGUGGGAAGAGCUCACUGUUUCGUGUUCUUGGUGAGUUGUGGCCUUUGUUUGGUGGACGUUUAACAAAACCUGUAAGAGGAAAGUUGUUCUAUGUUCCCCAGAGACCAUAUAUGACUCUUGGAACCCUCAGAGAUCAAGUUAUAUAUCCAGAUACAUUAGAAGAUCAACGAAAGAAAGGGAUUUCUGACCAGGUGCUGAAAGAGUACUUGGAUAAUGUCCAGCUUGGUCAGAUCUUGGAACGUGAAGGAGGCUGGGAUAGUGUUCAGGACUGGAUGGAUGUACUCAGCGGGGGAGAAAAACAGAGAAUGGCCAUGGCAAGGUUAUUUUAUCAUAAGCCCCAGUUUGCAAUUCUGGAUGAAUGCACAAGUGCUGUUAGUGUUGACGUAGAAGGCUACAUUUACAGCCAUUGUCGAAAGGUUGGCAUCACUCUCUUCACUGUCUCCCACAGAAAGUCACUCUGGAAACACCAUGAUUUUUACUUGCACAUGGAUGGCAGAGGGAAUUAUGAGUUCAAGAAGAUAACUGAAGACACAGUUGAAUUUGGAUCUUAAAAUUCAUAAACUGAGCUGCUACAGAGACUGAUUACUGGAAACACAUAGAAUGGCAGACAUUGUACAAAUAAACUACGCAGCUUGUUUUUAAACAAAUUAACGAGGGUAACCUAAAACAAGCUGUUAAGCGUUUACUAUUAUGUAGGAUAUUGCUAAUUGUGUAUAUGUUGGUUUAAUUAUUAAUAUGUACUAAGAAUGUCUUUAUUCUUGUGGUUUAAAAACCUGCCUAAAUUAAAUUGGGCUUAAAUCAGUGUAACCUGAUUCAUCCUGGGAUGCAAACCAUUUGAAAUCAGCUGAUUUGACUUUUGUAGACCUUCUUUCCCUUCAGUGAAAAACCCUGUUAAAAUUAGGGUUGCUACCUCUCUUGUUCCUGCAAAGCAGUCUUGGAUUUUUUGCUCUCUUCUAUGCAUAUUUCUGAGUUCUAACAUUGUGCAGGACAUUAUCCCAUCUUCAGAUCUGUGCCCUGUUUGGUUGAUGAAAGAGCUUUUUCCUUGACCAAGCCUUGUGAUAUAGCCAAUAUGCCCUUGCUGAUAAAGAAUGAACUGAACCUAAAAGAUGAAACUAAUUCCUUCUGCUAAGAAAAAUUAAGCUUGUUCUGUGCUGGGUUUGGGAUUCUUUUCACAUUUGUCCGUCCAUAGUUCUUUGCUGCUCACCAAUACCAUUCUCUUCCAAUUUAACAAGACCCCUUUUCUUCUUCCCCACUGCCCCACCUUUUCUGUCAGUGAAAUACUAUGGCAAUGAAGAGUUGGGAGGAAAGGACUUACAAAAAAAGAAAGGGAAAAGAUAAGUGAUGUAUCAAAAAAACUUUGUGCCAGUUUCAGCUCUGAGGAAGCAAAUAGCUCCCACAAGUCAAGUGUGGCACCAAUCAUCCUCUUGAAGUCGGUAGGAGUUAGAAUGGACUCAGAUCUUCAUUCCUCUGAAAAAUAAUGUUAGCCUGAAAAUGGCAGGCAGAUGUCUGUCCUGUCUGGGCUCAGUCCUGUGAUACAGCAGCUACUUUUUCUGAGUCCCUCCUUUUAUCCCUCUUCAAAAAAAUCAGAUCUCCUAAUAGUUUUAGCUGCUCUUCAGAUCUGAAUUUGAAAAUAAGUGAUAAGGGUACUUCUUAAUUACUUUUCCAGUCUGUGAAGCCUAAAACAAUGUUUUGUCCUUCAAAUUUUUCUCUAAUUUCUGUUGUGAGGUUUCUUGAUUUCUAAUAGAUAUUACUCAGCAUUGAUUCUUGCUGUUGUCCACGAAUCGCUUGUCCCUGCUGGUUUUCUUAUUCCAGCUGCCAAAUCCCCUUGAAGAAACCAAACUCUUUAAACGGUUUACUGUAAACUUAUUUCCUCUCCCCUCCGUACAAAUGAUUCCUGUGGUGGCCGUGUGACUUCUACAAAAAUAAAUGCAGCAGGGUGAUUUUUGUCAUUGAGGAAUAGGAAGGUAUAACUUGAACUUAAUUACUGUUUAGGCUUUAAAACAAACAAACAAGAAAACUGUUGUACAGUGAAGGUCUAGUAGUUCUUUAUUGUUCCACAUAAGAUUUAAUAUAUGAAUGCGCUACAUGAAGGCAUGCAUAAAAUAUGCAAUAAAUCUGCUCUGUGCAUCUUUUAUCACAGGUUUAGAUUUAAAAAGAUAUCUUUUUAUAAAAAUGAUAUGAACUUGGAUGUACUGCUGUCUGUUAACUUUACCCAAUUUCACUCUAUUUCAUGUUAAGAUUGCUACCUGUUAGUAUUUUUCCUUUUAUCAUAGUUCUUGGCCAUAUCCAUCACUACUAAUAUUCUUUCAUAGUACUCAAAUGCAAACAGCUAACCUAGUUUAAGAAUCUGGUGAUCGCAGACUGAUUUUACAAUGCAUCAAUGAAAAUCAAAGUGUAGCAUAUUCAGGAGCAUAAGACGCCGGAAUAAAUUUUUGUGCUUGGUCCACAUGAUAACAAAUACAUAAUCGCAUUUUACUAAUUUUUUUGUGCACUCAGGUUCUCAUAUCAGCCUAAUUUAUAAUGUAGCAGGUAGCAGCAUGCAGUAUGUGAGGUUGUAAUCUUUUUUUUUUAAUUGUAACUGUGAAAAUAUGGAUGUCAGGUUUUUUUUGUGAAAGUUGUCAGCACAAAUGCAACUUCUUUUAUUGGAAGGGGUGUUUUAGUAGCUUUUUAGAAAGAUAAAGAAAAAAACAAAAACACUUUAAAAUGAGAAAGUUGUUAUUGUCCCUGUGACUAGGACAGUGGAGUAAUGGACUUGAGAUACUGUAACAUAUUUCUAACACAAGCAAAACCACACACAGCAUACUUUUAUACAGAACUCCAGCAACCAAUGUUGUGUCUUUACAGUUCAACUGGUUAAUAACAGAAUUUUGUGUAAACUCAGAUUUAACUAAAAAAACAAAGUCCAGUUCUGUAACCAAGGAGGAAUAGGCUUGCCUUUGUAGAUGACAUGAAAUUCAUUGACAUGGAGGAUGCUGCUGUCUCCUUAGGGCCAGGAUUUAGUCUUUCUAAGUAUACUGGGAGAAAGAAAAAAAAUCCAUGCUUGAUUGUAAGAGGCUUAUAAAGAAAGUACAAGAAAUGACUUAGAAUGGUAUUUCUAAAAGGCCUUAAAGUAUUUUGAGGUAGACUUGGUCUAAUGAAUGAUUAUUAAAACGUAAUGAAAAUGAUCAAGUCCCAGUUACGUUGCAGGAUCGCACUGUGAUACUGUAUUUUAUUUCUUAGGUCUCUUUAAUAGCACAAGUUGGAAGUUUGUAAAUUGGAAUUCUGAUCGAUCUCGGUAAGGCAGAGUACUGAUAAAUAUUUUCAGUUCCAAACUGUUGGCGAUUUGAAGAUGGUACUAAUAGUAUUCAGAUGGCUGCAUUUCAACAGCGGUGGGAAACAUUCCUGUAUGUAAAUACUGUAAAGUGCUUUGGAGGGGGAAAUGGCGCUAUAUCAAUGUAAGACAUUAAGUGCCUCUGAAAUAAUAAAUCUAAAGACAAAAUACA